AUGUCACAACAACAUAAUCAACCUAAUACAAAUACAAAAACUUCUCAUUCAACGGCAAAUGGUGGAGAUGUUAGAAUUAGAACUAGUAAUGGGGAAGUUUAUAUUCCCGCAACUCAACGUCCAGAUGGGACUUGGCGAAAAGCUAGAAAGGUUAGAGAAGGGCAUAUUCCACAAGAUGAACAGCCACGUUUUGAAUGUAAAGCUCAAUCAGAAUUUAAACAAACAUCGAAAACAAGCGGAAAUUCUGUUAAUUAUCCAGUUGGUUGGUCCCCUGUUGAUAUGGUUAAAGAACAAAAAAAGAAAAUAAUUAAAAACAAUAAUUUAUCAACUACUUCAACUAAACCAACAAUAGCUGUCGACAAUCCAAAUGCCCCAAUUACUCCAAAAGAUUUUGUUCAAAAACAAAUAAGUAAAUUUCAAAAGAAAAUUGAAGAAAUUGAUAAACUUAAAGAAAAAAUAGAAAGUGGGCAACUUAAAAAUCCAGAAAAAAAUCAAUUAGAAAAAAUUUCAAAAAGAAAAGAAGUUGAAGAAGAAAUUGAAAGUUUAAUUGAAAAAUUAAAUAAAAUGUAA